AAACAAAAAUAGAUGAAAGGUCACCUCAACAUCCCUCCCUCCCUACGAUUUGCAGCCGCUCCCAUAUCCCUUCAGUCCUCACCAUCUGCCACAGCCAGUGGCCGCUGCUGCCACUUCCACCUUUCAAGGAGCAGGUGGCGUAACUGGAUUUUGAAGUUUUUGAACUUGACUAUUGAAUGACUGCUCGGAUUUCCGUCUCUAUAUAAACCGCCCUCCGCUCUCUCUCACUCACACGUAUUUCUCGCGCUCGGGUCAAUCACUUCACCACAAAUUUCGCACGCAGAUAUUUUCUUCUUCUUCGCUCGAAGCUUCGCAGAGGUACUUGGCUAUGAUUCAAAAUGGAUGCGCCAUGCCUGCUGGGUGUAGUUCUGUGAAUUCCAGAGUAUGUAAGCCAUCAAAUACUAGUGGUUUUGUCUUGUCAUGCAUUCCUCGUUUUCAAACUGGGGCGGCUUCUCCAUGCAUCAGUUCAUGGAGAGCUCAUCAGGACGCUAUGCCACUUCUGCACCAUUGUACCGUAUCGAGCCCAUUUUUAAGCGGGGAUCAAGGUAGCUUGUUACGUACAAUCCCCUUGUUGCCAAGCCGAUGCAAAACUCGUAUGGCCCCUCGAGCAUCCAAGGAUGUCCCAUACAGUUUUCGGUUCCCUCCAAUGACUAAGAAGCCAAAGUGGUGGUGGAGAACAUUAGCAUGCCUCCCCUAUUUAAUGCCCCUACAUGAGACAUGGAUGUAUGCUGAGACAGCCUAUCAUCUACACCCUUUCCUGGAAGACUUUGAAUUCCUUACUUACCCAUUCCUGGGGGCCAUUGGGAGGUUGCCCAGCUGGUUCUUAAUGGCAUACUUUUUUGUUGCGUAUCUUGGAAUAGUGAGGAGAAAGGAAUGGCCACAUUUCUUCAGAUUUCAUGUGGUGAUGGGCAUGUUGUUGGAGAUUGCCUUGCAGGUCAUAGGGACUGUGAGCCGAUGGAUGCCACUUGCUAUCUACUGGGGUAAAGUAGGGAUGCACUUCUGGACAGCCGUUGCAUUUGCUUACCUAUUUACGGUGUUGGAAUCCAUACGUUGUGCUCUUGCUGGCAUGUAUGCAGAUAUCCCCUUCGUUUGUGAUGCUGCAUAUAUUCAAAUUCCGUAUGACUAAUACGUGAAGGAGAAAGUAUAAGAGAAAGAAGGAUUUGCUUUGCUUGCCUUCCUUCCCAUCUGUUUGGAUUUUGUUGUAUGAGAUGAUAACUUGUUAGCCGGAAUAGUUUUCUUUUGUGUAAAUGUUCUAAUUGGGAUCAGUUGGGUUUGUGUUGUAGCAGAAUGCUCAUUCGGGUGUUUGCUUAUUCCAUUGUUAAUCAGAUUCAGAAUUAGUGUUUUGUUA